CAGUCACACUGGAGUGGAGAGUAAUUUUACCACCAAUAGAUACCAUUGGCAUGUUGGAUGAGUCCCAGCUGUCGCCGCCACUUUCUAUCAAUCUUGUCGUACAGCAUCUCGAAACGUUACUUUCCGUCCCGAUAGCAUUGCACCCUCCAUCUUCCUUUUCAUACGCUCCAGCAAAUGAUACAUCGACACUAUCAUGUGGUUGUUUAGUCUCUGAAGCUUUGCUUAAAACUUUGAGGUCCGAAGAGAAAAAAUUUGAUGACGAUGUAAGUCCAGAGAAGAUUACAUGUCCUAUUUGCAGAACUAACAACGUUUGGCUGAUCGGUCCUUGCAUCAACAUGCGGAAUCUUGUAAAUUACUUCAGAAAGUUGAGACAUGAAAUAUCGAGCGGAAAGUCAGCAGAUUCAGGCUUUUCCUGUACAUCUACAACUAAUUCAAGUUUGUCAAAAGAACUGGACUUUCUACAGCGGGAAAAGUCAGACGAUAAUGAGCUAAAUGUUGACCUUCCAUCCAUGUUCUCUAAGUUGAAUACCGAUGGCCCUAAAAGAAGACAGAUACCAUCUAUGAGUUCGGGUUCUCAGACCAAUCUUUCUUUUCUGACGGCCUUCCAUGAGGUGCUGGUUGAAAUUCAGAAUCCUUCUUCUGUAGAAUCAAACGAGAUUUCCAAAUCGCCUAAUUAUAGUGCGAAGCAUUCGCCACAAGACCAUUAUCUAGAGGAUUCCGUGCAAUUAAACGACAGCAUUCCCCAUAAAGAGCCUACAGGAUACAUUAGCUCUCAUUCUCCAACAAAUAUCUCCGCUAUUUCGUCAUUGGGCUCGAUUCAACGACAACGAUCUAGACAAUCCUCGUUUCAAAAUACUUCGAAUUUGACCAAGUUGAUGUCCUCUAAUAGCACUAGUUCAGGGAAUCAACAUAAAACUCAUCCUAAUAAAGAAAUACUUCUAUCUAAAAAUUUUCCCUUUUUUCGAAGGGUAUACACUUUCAACACUCAUAACUCCAACUUUCUUCUAAAAACAAAAUCUUAUCUACAAACCCAGUUAUCACCAAAGUUGACCAAAUUGGCCUUGUUAAGUGAAAAAAAGUGGGAGGUAUAUAAGAUAGAUACGGAGAGGCCAGAUAAACCUCCUAAACUCUUUUGUUGUGGUAGGUCAGAUGGCUCCUAUGGAUCUUCCCCGGAUCACAUGAAAAGCGUUUCUAGAGAUCAGAUCAUCACAAAUUCGAAUAUAACAGAAAAUGUAAAUGAAACCAUGAAUUUAUUGGAAAAUUGGGAGCAUUUAUAUUGUCAAAUCACUGAAAAUUUACUCAUUAUAUCAGGAACCAGGGGAUUUUUAAGAAUAAUUGACCUUACACAGAGCGGACGGUGUUUAUACACUUAUCAGUGCAAUUUUCCUAUACGUUGCUUGGAUGUCUCUAUGAACGAUGGAUUUAUAGCUUUGGGAAUAACUGGCAAAGAUAAAUAUACACAAGUAGAGCAAGCCGUGAUUAUAAUCAUUAAACUGAUACCUGAAACUGCACGUUCCCCAUUUCAAAUUCUGACAUACCCGUUUUCUUUGCCUUAUAGAGAUCCCAUCAAUCUUUUGAAAUUUUCAUCGGAUUCAACUUUACUGUCUGUUGCAACUGCGCUUGAGUCUAGAUUCUUGGUAAUCAGCCUAGUAGACCCAUCAAGGCCUACAUUGGUUAUGAAAUCCCAGCGCAGACUAGACACGUCAUUGGAUAGUGAAGGUAUUACGGAUAUGUCAUUUUUCCCUGACAAUCGCUUGAUGACCAUAACUUCGUUGUCUCAUAAUUCAGAGCCAAUCAUCAUAGAUACUAAUAUUUCUUCUAUUUCUGGCCCCGAUGGUAUAGCAAAGCCAAAGUUGCUAAUGAAAAUAGAUGAGGUGGGCUCUGUCAUUCAUAAAUGUUGCGUAUCGCCCAGAGGUGAUAGCGUUGCUUAUAUCAAUAGAAAUGGUAAUGUUUACAUUAUGACUACCCCGAGAAUGGAUGAUAAUGACAAUAAAAAAAUUGCUUGCGUGCUAGAGGUUUCCAAUGCCUUUAGGGCCAAGGAAGCUGCGUCUGUAAGAUUUGACUCAGAUGGUUACAAGUUAUAUGUUCUUGAUAGAAAAGGAGUCCUUUCCAUUGCCGAUUUCACUGCUGGAACAGUUGAAGAUCACACAGUCACGAGAUGUAAAAUUAUCACAUAACCCAAGGUUCAGAGUGAACCAGAAGAAACUAAAGAAGGCUAAUGAAGCUUUGCUUCGAAGUUGUGAGUGUGGCUUGUUGCCCCUGAUUUGCGCUACUUGAUGAAGUUUAUACCGUUGAACAUCAGUAACUAUGUACUUUAAAAAUAUAUAAACCUAAAUCCGAUAUUAUAAUGAGCAUAGGGCAUU